UCCGACGCGGAGGGAGGUUCCCGCCGAGCCCGGCGCCCGCGGCCGCAGCAGCCGGGUCGGCUUCGCACCUGGGGAAGCUCGCGGGGACGGCGGGCGCGGCUGCGGGGACCGAGGCUCCGGGCGGGACGGGCCGCGGCGCGGGAUGGAGUGAGGCGGCGGCGGGCGCCUGCGGAGUCGGCCUUCCGCCGGGGGAACCGCGUCCUCGGGGGCGAUGGGUCCCGGGGCGCGGCCGGCCAGCGUCCUCGCCCUGCUGCUCUCCGGCCUGUGGCACCUGGCGCUCGUCGCGACGAGCUACAGCUGCGAUGACCCGCUGGCGUCCGUGCUGCCUCCCGAGGCCUUCUCCAGUUCCUCGGCCCUCGCCGGCGCUCACAGCCCAGCUCAGCUCAACCGGCGAGUCGGAGCCGGUGGUUGGUCCCCAGCAGAUCCCAGCACUCGGCAGUGGCUCCAGUUGGACCUGGGAAGCAGAGUGGAGAUCACAGCAGUGGCCACACAGGGCAGAUCCGGGAGCUCUGACUGGGUGACGAGUUACAGCCUGAUGUUCAGUGACACCGGACGCAACUGGAAGCAGUACAAGCAAGAAGACGGCAUCUGGACCUUCUCAGGAAACACGAAUGCAGACGGUGUGGUGCUUCACAGGCUCCUGCACUCGGAGAGAGCCCGCUUCAUCCGCUUUGUGCCCCUGGAAUGGAACCCAAGUGGGAAGAUUGGCAUGCGGGUCGAGGUGUACGGAUGCCCCUACAAAUCGGACGUUGCCGACUUCGAUGGCCGAAGCUCCCUUCUGUACCGGUUCAGCCAGAAGCUGAUGAGCACCCUCAAGGACGUGAUCUCUCUGAGGUUCAAGAGCAUGCAGGGAGACGGGGUCCUGUUCCACGGGGAAGGCCAGCAUGGAGACCACAUCAGCCUGGAGCUCCAGAAGGGGAGGCUCGCCCUGCGCCUCAGCCUGGAUGACAGCAAAGCUCGCCUCGGCAGCAGCCCGCCCUCGGCCACCCUGGGCAGCGUCCUGGAUGACCAGCACUGGCACUCGGUCCUCAUCGAGCGGGCGGGCAAGCAGGUGAACUUCACGGUGGACAAGCACACGCUGCACCUGCGGACCAAGGGUGAGGCGGACGCCUUGGACAUCGACUACGAGCUUAGUUUUGGAGGAAUUCCAGUACCAGGCAAGCCUGGGGCCUUUUUAAAGAAAAACUUCCAUGGAUGUAUUGAGAACCUUUACUACAACGGAGUGAACAUCAUCGACCUGGCUAAAAGACGGAAGCACCAGAUCUACACCGUGGGCAAUGUCACUUUUUCCUGCUCCGAGCCACAAAUUGUUCCCAUCACAUUCAUCAGCUCCAGCAGGAGCUACUUGCUGCUGACCGGCACUCCCCACAUCGACGGGCUCUCAGUGAGUUUCCAGUUUCGCACGUGGAACAAGGAUGGUCUGCUUCUGUCCACAGCGCUGUCCGGAGGCUCGGGGACCCUGCUGCUGAGCCUGGAAGGCGGGACCCUGGCGCUGGUGAUUCGGAAAGCGGCAGAGCGCGCGGCUGAAACCCUCACAGGCAGCAGCCUGAACGAUGGCUUGUGGCAUUCGGUGAGCGUCACCGCCAGGAGGAGCCGCAUCACGCUCGCUCUGGAUAAUGACGCCACAUCUCCGGCUCAGGACCCCGCCCGGGUGCAGAUUUACUCUGGAAACAGCUACUACUUUGGAGGGUGCCCCGACAAUCUCACCGAUUCCCAAUGUUUAAAUCCCAUUAAGGCUUUCCAAGGCUGCAUGAGGCUCAUCUUUAUUGAUAACCAGCCCAAGGACCUCAUUUCAGUUCAGCAAGGUUCCCUGGGGAAUUUUAGUGAUUUACACAUUGAUCUGUGUAGCAUCAAAGACAGGUGUCUGCCGAACUCCUGCGAGCACGGAGGCCGCUGCUCCCAGUCCUGGACCACCUUCCUCUGCGACUGCAGUGGCACAGGCUACACGGGGGCCACCUGCCACAACUCCCUCUACGAGCAGUCCUGCGAGGUGUACAGGCACCAAGGGCACACGGCUGGCUUCUUCCACAUCGACUCGGACGGCAGCGGGCCGCUGGGACCUCUCCAGGUGUACUGCGACGUCACAGAGGACAAGAUCUGGACAUCAGUGCAGCACAACAGCACCGAGCUGACCCGUGUGGGGGGCGCCCACCCCGGGAAGCCCUAUGCCGUGGCCUUGGACUACGGGGGCAGCGCGGAGCAGCUCGCGGCCGUGAUCGAGGGCUCGGAGCACUGCGAGCAGGAGGUGGCCUACCGCUGCAGGAGCGCCCGGAUGCACGACACGCCCGAUGGAGUGCCGUUCAGCUGGUGGGUCGGGCGGUCUGGUGAGAGGCACCCUUCCUGGACAGGUGCCCCCGCUGGAGCUCAGCAGUGUGGAUGCGGCCUGGACCAGAGUUGCCUGGACGUGGGACACUUGUGCAGCUGUGGCUUUGACACGGAUGGAUGCAUCCUAAAUAAACUGCAAGAGGCAACAUUGCCUUACAAAAGGACAAACGAUACUGGCUUGCUUUCCUUCAGAGACCACUUGCCCGUCACUCAGAUAGUUAUCACUGGUACCAACAGAUCAGACUCAGAAGCUGCCUGGAGAAUCGGUCCCUUGCGUUGCUAUGGUGACCGACACUUCUGGAACGCGGUAUCGUUUUCUACAGAAGCCUCUUACCUCCACUUCCCUACCUUCCAUGCAGAAAUGAGUGUUGAUAUUUCCUUCUUUUUUAAAACCACGGCUUUAUCUGGAGUUUUCCUAGAAAACCUCGGCAUUAAAGACUUCAUCCGACUUGAAAUAAGCUCUCCUUCUGAGAUCAUGUUUGCCAUCGAUGUGGGGACUGGCCCCGUAGAGCUCGUAGCCCAGUCUCCUGCUCUUCUGAAUGACAACCAGUGGCACUACGUCCGGGCCGAGAGGAACCUCAAGGAGACCUCACUGCAGGUGGACAGCCUCCCGAGGGUCUCCAGGGAGACUUCAGAUGAAGGCCAUUUCCAGUUGCAGCUGAACAGCCAGUUGUUUGUAGGGGGAACAUCAUCAAGACAGAAAGGCUUCCUAGGGUGCAUACGCUCCCUGCACUUGAAUGGGCAGAAACUGGACCUGGAGGAGAGGGCAAAGGUCACACCCGGCGUGCGGCCAGGAUGCCCAGGCCACUGCAGCAGUUACGGCCACACCUGCCACAACGGGGGCAAGUGUGUGGAGAAGCUCAGUGGGUACUUCUGCGAUUGCACCAACUCACCCUAUGAAGGGCCCUUCUGCAAAACAGAGGUUUCUGCUGCAUUUGAGGCUGGCACCUCAGUUACUUACAUGUUUCAAGAACCGUACCCGGUGACCAAGAAUGCAAGCCUCCCAUCCUCAGCGAUGUAUGCGGAUGCAGCUCUGUCCAAGGAACACAUCGCAGUUACCUUCGUGACAGCCCAGGCGCCCAGCCUUCUGCUUUACAUCAAUUCUUCUCAGGAUGCCCUGGCCGCCCUGCUCUGCGAUAAUGGAAGCUUACAAGUCCGUUAUCAGCUAAACAAGGAAGAAACCCAGGUGCUCACCAUCAACGCCGAGAACUUUGCCAACAGAAGGAUGCACCACUUGAAGAUUAUCCGAGAGGGAAGAGAGCUUAGCAUUCAGGUGGACCAGCAGCUACGACUCAGUUACAACUUCUCCCCGGAGGUCGACUUCAGGGCUGUCAGGUCGCUCACCUUGGGCAGAGUCACAGAGCCCCUUGGGUGGGAUGCUGACGUCGCUAAAGCAAACAGCCUGGGUUUCGUCGGGUGCCUGUCGUCAGUGCAGUACAACCACAUAGCCCCGCUGAAGGCCGCCUUGCGCCACGCCGCCACCGCCCCCGUAACCGUUCAGGGCACCUUGACAGAAUCCAGCUGCAGCCCCGCCGAGGACUCGAGCAUGGACACAGUGACCACAGUGCCCUCCUCCUCAGAUCCCUUCGGGAAGACAGACGAGAGGGAACCCCUCACCCACGCAGUUCGCAGUGACUCAGCGGUGAUCGGAGGAGUCAUAGCGGUGGUGAUCUUCCUCAUCUUCUCUGUCGUCGGCGUCAUGACCCGGUUCCUUUACCAACAUAAGCAGUCGCAUCGAACCAGCCAGAUGGAGGAGAAAGACUACGCAGAAAACGUGGGCAGUUCCUUUCGAAAUGACAUCGACUUGCAAAACACAGUGAGCGAGUGUAAGCGGGAGUAUUUCAUCUGAAAAAACAAUAUUUUAGCAGGGUACCUAAUACUCCCUUUCUGGUUGUUCAGUGUUCCCUCCUCCUCCCCUUGCUCCUGUCUUUUAAUUUUGGUCACUCUCUCUGUGGCAUUUGUUUGCCAUUUAUUUCCGGAACGCACCUGCGCCCACACGCAUCCAUCCCCUGGCGCAGCCCAGUCCGGCCAGGUCUGUUGCGGCCGCCGCCCUCCUUGUCAGUGACCUGUCAUGGUGGCAGCGACUGCCCGAGAGGCAGGCCAGCGCCCGUGGUUCCCAUUGCUCGGGCACCAGUCAUUCCCGCAGCCAGGUGGUCCUGCGGGCUUGCUCUGCAGCUGAGCGCUGUCGCGGUCACCCCUGGCACCCCCAUGCCCAGUCCUUCCCACCGGGGACCGCAGGGUGCGCCAAGGUGCUGGAGGCCUGGUUUGCCCCACCGCCUUGAUGAAGGACCGAGAGGGGUUCAUGCGUGUCGGCUCCCUCCCCCUCGGAGGCCCGCUGCCCAAGUCCAGCACUGCUUCCCCCUGACUCUCGUCGCCUGAGUAUUUUCAAAUCUAGGAUUCCUGAUAGUGAGUGGGCUGUUUUCUUGGUCCUUUCCCACCAGUCUCUCCAGGGGCCGACACUUCAGAACAGCGCACAAUAGCAAAAACCUAGGGGAAGCAUGGAAAAUAGUAGCUUGAAAUCAGGAGGUAAAGAGAAAGCUGCUAGGUAGAUGUGCUAUAACUCCCAAACUGUCUCUUCCAAUUUUGUAAGAAAUGUUAGGUAGGUCAUUCCUGGGAUCAUCAUGCUAAGGUAUAUGAAUCUACUUAUCUGUCUACAUCUAUGUAAGUUGCUGCAGCAUAUGUCACUUUUUUAAAAAGUCUGAAAUAGUAUCUGAUUCCAUGAAAGAGCUUAAGCCAUCUCAACUCAGCUUAAAAACAAAACAAAAACAAAAGACAAAGGGCAGAACUGCGUGAAAGAAGAGAAACACCAGACAGAAUUCUUCCCUUCCAUCCACAACUAAAGGUCUGGGGAAGAAAGGGGGGGAUGUCGCAUCUCACACAGACACAACGGCCCGCCUAGGUCCCUCAGGCCACUUCCCGGGGGGUUUAGGACGCGCUGACACAGAAGACAUCACGAUCAGCCCCAGAGAAAAACCCCUACUUAAUUCAGAGGAGCCCUUGGGUUCUGUAACGCAUCACGUUCUCAAAUCUGCCACAUCCCACAUGCCCAAAGCCCAGCUUCCCACACCUUUGGGUAGAAGUGAACUCCCGGAGGAAAUAACGACAAAUAUCAGGGUCUCUGCCCCUUUCGAUAGCAAAGCACUGAGAAAUAGAGUCAUCCCUUCAAGAAGGCGCCUGGAGCUCACCCACGAGGUAGUGGGAAGGGUGAUGAUUCUGCGUGGCUCGGCUGCAGGCCAUCCUGGAGAAGAAGUGGGGGAAAACAAUAUGAAUAUUUCUGUUUGCCAGAAUGCCAAUAUAAUGCUAGGCAGGUGCAGGACACACUUGCCGAUUCCCUUUACAGGCUGUGUGCCAUUCCUGGCCACUGGCGGGCACUUAGCACCCUUCUGCACAAUGGCUCUCAGCAAGGAACCAUCCGCUUCACCCCAUUUCAGGCUUUUCUUUCAGUGGCAGAGCACCUGGGGUGCACAUUCCAUCUGUGAUCCUAUUUCUCAACUCUAAGAUGUUCUGAGUACACAUUCUCUCCUUAUAGUUUUCCACGGAUUCUUUAUCCCUUCAUCAUUUCCAUUCUGUCCUUUUGCUAGCUAAUAUAUUUUAAAGAGAUUCUAAUAAGGACACCUUUUUCCCCCAUCCAGAUUUAAUAAGAUGAAUGAUCCAUUAAGAAGAGGAAAGAUCUUUAAACACUGUUUUCUCCUGCCCUGUCCUCCCUAUUUUCCAAUUUUCACUUUUGAAUGUUCUAUUUCUGCAAAAAAGGCUUUAUAAGUUAUCCUUUUGCUUGGCUACAUGGUCCUCUGUCCCCUGAACUAAAAGCCAGCAUGAAAUGCAGUGGUUUUCGCCCAAAGCAUGGCUGACGAGGGAAGGCAAAGGGAGGUGUAACAGGCUGGAGCUCUCAUGACUCGAGCCUCUGAGAAGCAAGGACUCCGUGUUGCUGACACAGCACUGACGGGAGGAUGGGAGAUGAGCGAAGGCCAGCUCAGAGCACUUGCCUUCUCAGAGUAUGUAUGUGCUCGUAGGUCUGUAAGGUGAAGAAUGUGGGAAGCCCCUCCCUGCCUUGUAGCCCCUGUUCAGUGCACCACGGAUGCCCCCAGCAUCCCUCCUGCACACGGACACUAACUGUGCUUGCCCACCACCACCAAGACCUAAAGGCGGAUGCCGAGACGCGGCAGCUGCAGACACUCUUACAUGUAGAGUCUCAGGGUUCAACCAGAAUUAUUUUUACAGGGUUGGAUAUGUCAUGACCCCAGAGAACACUCUGUCACUAGAUGUAUACGAAAAGCAAGCAAACUGCUCCCUCCAAAGAAAAACCCGAUUUUCAGUUCAAAAUAAGUGCUAACUCUGCCUGUCUUUCCUCAGUGGUACCAAAAUCCAUACAGUUUUGUGCAAAUGUUCAAUUGUGUGAGUGUUUCAAUCCUUGGGAAAUUGUAAUCUAAGACAAAUCAUCUUUGAAAGCUUCCUAAGCUCCCCUUAGCCACAUUCGUGCUCCAGCAAUCAGGUUUCCCGGCUGUAGGGACCCUCCAGCGUGACCCUCAGGCUCUCAUACCUGCCCUUUACAAAACCAUCUCACAGGAUGUGGCCUAUUUACAGUAAAACUAAAAAUACCUUUGCAAUUUCACAUUCUAAGGGAUCUGUUUCAUUCAUACACUUUUCACAAAACAAAUCUAUUUAUGCAAACAACAGUGCAUUUGCUCACCCUAAAAUAUGUUCCCACUCAGUCCCUCAUUUAUUGUGUGUAUAGGUUGGAUUGCCAUGGUUUCUAUGAGAAUUCGUCUAGAGAAUUAGACAUUUGUCACUUUUCUAGGUACAUUUUUAUGAAUAGCUUGGCCUCUUCUAUUCACGCUCAACUACAUAUGGGAGAUUUAUUUUGAGGGUCCUAGGGCUGCUGUUUAAAAACAGUCUCUGUUCUGUGCAGUAGUAACAGACGGUACUAACCUGACUUCCACCCUUGGUCAGACCCAUGCCCGCCACUGGGUAAAGGGGCCGGGGCAGACAGGAGAAGCUGACUGUUCUCCUCUUUCUCCAUUCCAUCAUGGAGUAUUUUUUGAAGACCCAGUACUCCAAGGGUAUAGUAGACAUUGGGUGUGCUGCCCCUGGGAGUCCCAAUCUCAGCAGCGUUAAUAGGGGUGAUAAGUAGGGUAAUGGGACAUAAAGUGCUAUAGGAUGUGGAGCAAAGGUUCUGCACAAUUAUCUUUGUAAAGCCCUUGCUAGAGACUUAAAGAAACAGAGAAAAUUCCAGAAAUUAUUUACAUUUUUUUUCUUGUUUAUUGCUUCCACCUUCAAUAAACUGCUUUGUUUCUCCUCCUCAGAGUAAAUACCUGUCUAUGCAGAUAAACUUCUUUAGAGGGAGGUGGACUGACUCUUUAGGGACAGCAGGAAUAAAUGGCCCCCAUGUCUAAAGUCCAUUUUGGGAGUAGAAUUCUCUCCUCUUUUGUUUCAGUUUGGUCGGGGGAUUCUGAAAGUCCUUCUUCCCAUCAGUCAGCCCUCAGUGAUGACCUGGGGACUCUCUUUGGGGCAGGAAACAAGGGUGAGAAAUCUCUCCUCUGCCCCCUCCUGCUCUCCCCUCGGUUCUCUUAUCUCCAUCUAUUCAUGGCCUGGUACCUGCCGGUGGUCUUCCAAACACUCCUUAAGGAGUCUUUGUUGUACCCCAGCCCCAUAACACCCUUCUUUGCCCUGUGGAGCCAUUUGACUGUAUUAGGAGGAUCUCUGAGAGCUCACUGUAGUAUAUCUUUCAGUAAAUGACUGACUAAAAGCUGCUGUCCAUCUAAGUGAGGUCUCACAUGUGUGCCCUGGGUGAGCGUAGUCACGCAUCUCUGCAGGAAGCCCAUUCAGUUAGAGGAACCUUACUGGGAAGCUGCAAGCAGAGCGUCUUUGUGAUAUUCAGGGAGACAGAAAUCAGGCAUCUGCAUCCUUUCUUAUAAAAAGGCUUUACAGUUUGACCACCAACCCCUGGCUUCCUUGGAAUUCUCCAAUAGCUACAAUCCAUCAAAACUACACUGUGACACCAGCCAGCUGAAGGGAAUGUGAGUUGUAGUGGACUGCUCUGCUGCUCGUUGUUCCUCGACCCAAAGGCCUGGACGUGCUGUGUCUUUCAUCACCCUUCAGGUCACAGGUCGACCAAAUAAGUAAGAGGCUGCCCUGUUCCUGUGGAUGCAAAGGGGGCCACGGAAGAAGGUGCAGGGAAACUUCCGGAAUGCUUGCAGGGUGGCUGAGCUCUCUGCCACAUCUCUCACGUAGCUUGAAAAUGUGUUCUUUAAAAGACACGUCGUGUGGUCAUCACUUCCACGGUGUCUGUGCGUCUUUCCCUCCCACCAUCCUCUCACCCACACCCUUACUUGUUAAGUCAUUGCGUUUGCAGAUUUUAAUUGUCCCUGGUUUUUAUCUCUGCUUUCAAAAUUUCCGAAUAGUUGAACCUCCUAAAGAGGAAAAAAGUGUAAACAGAUAUACAGAAACACUUUGUAAAACAGGGCUGUUCUUCAAGGUUUCUUCUGGACAUUCUCCAUUCACGCCGUUUAGUUGGGGGAGAGACAUUUCGUUUCGACAUUACAGUUAUUUGAAAGCUUCAUAUAAGGUCUUAAUAUUUAACACCGGCCAUGUUUGAGUGAUUUUUCUCUUAUUUUGCACUAAGGUACUCCGAGGAAGAACAGAAAAGCACAUUUUUUAGUGAUAUAUUGUAAUUUAUAAGCUAGUUGUCUGUCUUUUGUAAUAUUUAUAGUCUACAAAAUGGCUAAGCAAACAUGAGCAAAAAUUAAGGCAAACGCUGGUUUCGGUGUUUUGACCACAACUGGGGGAACGUGUCAGGGAGAAGGGAACUGUGGCAACAACUGGUGUCCGACCCAGGUGAAGAGGGUCGGUGCUUCCACCACGAAGCAGCCACCUGGUGGCUCCUGACUCAGGAGUCUCUGCGGUGGCUUGGAUCAUCCGACACAUCAGGGAAAGAGGCAAUAUCAUGGGCUUUGCACGAGCAAUUCUUCUCCCACCUUUGCAUAACAUUUUUGACCCUUUCCAGCCUUCUUUAGUAGCAUUAGCCACAUCUUAUUUUUUCAAGACUGUUGUUUCACUGGAAUUUUCCCAGGGAGCUUCAGGGCUAUCACUACAGUGAUCUAACCUGCACUGAGCACAAGAUAUAACUUUAAGGAAGAGAACCUGUCAGGAACCUCUUUAGGUCCACGGUCCUGGAUUGAAACCCCAUGGGUUGAAGCCCUGAGGUCCUGAGACCUGUCCAGUGAUAUUUCUCCCCCCUUCAUUGGCCCUGCCAUCCCCAGAGGUGCCAAGUGAUUUUCAUACCCCUGACAAUGAAAACUCCCAGGGCUCACCAAGUAACUCUAGUAAGGAUUAAUCCUUAAUCCUGCCUGGGGACACAGGGAAACGUUUAUAAAUCAGCAGGACAAAAUUAAGACAGCAGUCCUAGGCCACCACCACAGGUGCAGCUACUGUUUUAGUGAUUAAGCCCUGGUCUUUCUUGCUCUCAUUAGCAUCCUAUUCUUCCAUGUUUAGACGCCAGCCGUAGCCUCACAGGAUGUGGAAAGGGUGCAGGUGUGCACCAGGGUCAUUGUACUACUGCACAGACUCUUUGGAAGGCCCAUAAGUAGGAAUUCAAGGGAUAAUUCUAAUGGGCGUCUGCCUAGUCACAGCUUUGCAUCAUGUCAACCCCAUCCCAAAGGCUUUACUCAAAAUAUUAACACAGUUUUUCUUCUCUUGGAAUGGCAGCGCCAACCUGUAUAACCGUGUCCUGCCUUAAAUAGCCAUGCAAAAACUAGCAGACCUCGCUUAAAGCAGUACUGUUAUAUUGUGAGAGGGACUUUAUAUUUAGUGAGGUCCAACACCAAGAACUUUCUCCUCUGAAGCUGGUGGUUGACAGGCCUCCUGAUAUCCUGACUUAAGGCCAUCACUUCCAGCAUACAGGUCACCUCUGCUAUUACAGCAUGAAAGGGGGGCCAUAUGUGGAAAAAGAGGCAUGGCAGUGCCCCAAUAAAACUUUAUUUACACAACAGGCAACAGGUCGAGUUUGCUGAUCCCUGCGAGAGAGCAUCCCUCCGACAGUGUGCAUUUCAGAUGGGAAGUCAGUCUCUCUAGCAGGUGGGAGACCUCCUUUUGGAGAAAUGAGGAGGAGUGGAGAGAUUAUUUUUAACAAGUAAACAAUGAAAUGCACAAUAACCUCCCUUACGAAAUAUAUCUGUCAGGCCCUUCAUUAUGGCAAAAGCACAAAGCAGGUCCCUCUCUUUGCAGAUCUGCCAGAGUCUAGCUAGUCCUCUGACCUUCUCAUUUUUGUUCUCAAAGCAGAAUCCCAAUUGACGUUGCCUCGUUCCAAGCCAGGUUUGUAGACCAUGUAACAUGUCUUAAUACACUGUAUGGGGAAAAAAAAUAAGUUAGCCUUAGAUUUCUUUGUUUUCUAUGAUUACUGUUGUACAGAAGAAAGACUUAAACUGUAAAUAAUGUAUAUUUAAUAAAGAGAGAAUUUUGUAUGAUUUUGUGUGGAAGACAAA